CACCACGGCGGCCGAGGCGGGGGAACGCUGCGGGUGCCGCCGCCCCAGGAGCUGCCGGCGGCGGCGGCGGGGGCGGGCGGGGGGGGGCGGGCGGCCAUGGUGCCGGGCAUGGCCCCGCUGCUGGACGGCGCCGAGUUCCGGCCCGAGCUGUCGGUGCCGCUACACCACGCUAUGAGCGUGCCCUGCGAGCCCUCGCCGCCCGGCAUGGGCAUGAGCGGCACCUACACCACGCUGACGCCGCUGCAGCCGCUGCCGCCCAUCUCCGCCGUGUCCGACAAGUUCCACCACCCGCACCCUCACCCGCACCACCACCACCACCACCACCACCAGCGCCUGGCAGGCAACGUCGGCGGCGGCUUUGCGCUGAUGCGGGACGAGCGCGGGCUGCCCGCCGUCAACAACCUCUACGGGCCGUACAAGGAGGUGCCGGCCGUGGGGCAGAGCCUGUCCCCGCUGGGCGCGGGGCUGGCCCCCCUGCACGGCGCUCAGCAGGGCCUGCACGGCUACGGGCCGCCGCCGCCCCCGGGCCACGACAAGAUGCUGGGGGCCGGCUUCGAGGCCGUGCCGCACCUGCCACGAGGGCUGCCGGCGGCCCCGGCCCCGCUGCCGCACCUCAAUGGGCAGCACCCCCCUGCCCCGCCGCCCCACGCGCUGCCCACUGCCCGCGACCGCCCGCCCGCCGCCGCCCCCGCGCAGCAGCUGGAGGAAAUCAACACGAAGGAGGUGGCCCAGAGGAUCACGGCGGAGCUGAAGCGCUACAGCAUCCCCCAGGCCAUCUUCGCCCAGCGGGUGCUGUGCCGCUCUCAGGGCACCCUCUCGGACUUGCUACGGAACCCUAAGCCUUGGAGUAAACUGAAAUCCGGCAGGGAGACCUUCCGGAGGAUGUGGAAGUGGCUGCAGGAGCCGGAGUUCCAGAGGAUGUCAGCCUUAAGGCUCGCAGCAUGCAAACGUAAAGAGCAGGAACCGAACAAAGAGAGAAACAACUCCCAGAAGAAAUCCCGGCUGGUUUUCACUGACCUCCAGCGCCGAACGCUUUUUGCCAUCUUCAAAGAGAACAAGCGCCCGUCCAAAGAAAUGCAGAUCACCAUCUCCCAGCAGCUGGGCCUGGAGCUCACCACCGUCAGCAACUUCUUCAUGAACGCCCGGCGGCGCAGCCUGGAGAAGUGGCAGGAUGACCUGAGCACUGGGGGCUCCUCCUCAGCCCCCAGCACCUGUACCAAAGCAUGACCGCGCAAGCCGCCAAGCGGCGCGAGCGCGGUGGGGCCCUUCACUGGUGACUUGAAAGCACAAUCCUCCUGGAUCGUCCUGGCCUGGCUGCAAGGAGAGGACACCGUACGGCUUUUAGUCAGUUGAGAAGGCGCAAGCGAAGAAGUAACCUCUUUUUCUGUAACACUACGCUCAGGACAGGCGAAGCAGGUCUGAAGGAAGAGCCGUUGGUGAGGCGAGUUCCGCGCCGGAACGGAGCACAAGGCUGACACCGAGAUGCCAAGGAGGCCGAGAACCUGUUUUCGAAUCUCAGGCAUGGUUUUGUUGAGUGUUCUAGGGGAACAAAAGAUCAACUCUAUGUUUUUCUUUCUUUCUUUUUUUUUUCAAAUUUACUUUUUAUUUCUUUUGUUCAAUCAGUGAGUAUAGCUUGAUCUUGGACCAGAAAAAAUCAGUUCACUUGAGCUCAAAGUGUCAAGCACAAAGACAAUAGCUAUAGAAAUAGGUAUGAUUCUGGACUCACUACAGCUGUUAUUUUGAGAGGCAUUCUAAUUUACAAAGUUGAUAGUGAAAAAGUACAUGACUACACAAGUCUCAAGCACAGUUUGCAGUUUGUCACAAAUUCUGUGUUUGUACAUGACGCAGAUGCACACUCAGGAGGUCAAUUUAACUGCUACACUACAUGCAAACACAAAUUUUUGAAAGAUCUAGGUUUUUUUAGGUCAUUAAGAAGUCCUUUUCAGUUACCAGGGAUCUAUUUUCUCCUCUGUAGUCUCACCGUUACUGAAACAUAUUUAGCGCUUGACUUUUUUUGUUCUUUUUUCUUUCUUGGUUUUUUUUUUUUUUUUUUUUCAAAAUCCUUAUUGGAAUUUUAUGGUACUUUCAAGCAGGAAGAAAAAAACAAAACAAAACAAACCCACAAACAAGCCCUUCAGAUGUCAUUGACCAUUUUAGAUGUGCCACGUCCAACUUAAAAAUACCAUCAAAACCCAUCACACUUUAAGUUCUUUUUGUCCACCAUUUCAUCAAACCUGAUGAGAAUGCAGCACACCAAAGAGACAGGAUUUCUGCAAGCCAAAGAUAUUUGUAACUCGCCUUUUUCUUUUUGCCAUCGUUAGCGUGGUUGUUGUUUUUGAGAUCAGAAAGCCUCACAAACACCGAACAGUUUGUAAAUCUCUCACGGUCAUUUGCUGCACCAGAAAGCAAACGCUGACCAAAACAUGUGCGCAAAGUCCCGAGCGGCGCGGCCACUCCGUGUGCGUCCUUACCAGUGAAUGGCCCCUGUGAAAGCAAGCCAAACGCUGUAAUGCUUCGUUAGAGACACUUGAGACUUUUUUUAUGUACUACUUAAUCGAAACCAAAGAAACGUUUUCUGCACCUACUUCUUCUGCAACAAACUGUUCCAUUUAAUGAAUAAAAGGAGAAAAAAAAAAAAAAAAAAAAGCCAAACCCAAACUAACCAAGGAAGCACGUCAGGAAGCAAACAAGUGACACACUGUGUUUUGACAGACAUGUGGGACAUUUUAGGAAGCAGAUUUCAAAGAAAGGGUUGACAAGAACAAAAACAAAGUAAAGCCGGUAUGAUUGCUGCUUCAUUUGACAACUCAGUCAUCUUAAAGUUGAAGAUUGUCUUUAAUUUGUGCCUAUGCAGUUUUUUUUCAAAAGAACAAGGAACAGGGCAACCAAAACCUCAACAGCUACAAUACCAAAGAUGAGGAUUCUCACAACUGUUAUUUCAGUUCAUUAUCUCUUCUUGCACGACUAAGAUGUGUAUAGCACCAUUGAUCUGUGGAAAGGUAAUCAAUUCUGUUUCUUUGAGCAGCAAAAUGGGUGAGUUCAUUUAUGUUUUUCCUGUGUCUACCCCACGUGGAAUCUCUCUGGGAGUUGCACGGACUCCAAGUGUAAGAUGUUGGGAUACUAAACUGGGAUGUAUGAACAAUGUUUUGGUUGGAUAUUGCUUGUUCUAUCAGGUCUCUUGUAUGUUUAGAUCUUCUGUAUGUGAAACCAGUUGAAUAGCCUAUGCCUCCUUUCUCAUACCCAGGGAUAAAACUUGCAAUGUAUGUACCAAAUUAUUUACUUCUAAGUACUGAGCAGUGUUACAGCCCAGCUCAUUAUGAUCAGAAUCUACUCUGAUUUGUAAUUGAGGUUUCAGCAGUUCACAUGGCAAUUUGGUAAUUUGUCCAGAUGUGUUCUGUUCCUUGGUCAAAGUCACAGUGAUCCAAAUCAUGACAUGCAGACCUAGAUCCAAAUUUGGAUGCAGAGCGAUGGCCCAUGUGUCAUUCUGCUCCAUCCCAACAUUUAAAUGAAACCUUGCUAACUUCUGUGGAAAACUGCAACAAUUUAUAUUGAAAUAAAAUAAAAUAAAAAAUUUAAAAGCCUUGUCUGCCCAGGACAGGAGGGUUUUCUGAAAAGUAAAUUCAGGAUAUUCACAGCAACCAAGCUGACAACACGUCCUAGCUCUGGAAAUCAAAACUUCUCCAAAACUGGAUUUCCCAUUCUGAUCAAACAUGGUUACAAACUGAUCCAAGGAGCCUCUUAAUUAGCCAUGCUGUGAAGCUGAAGCAAACAAUUCAGGUCUGGGUGCUGUGCACUGAUGCUGCUGGGUGCUGAGAUGCUUGUAUUCCGCAUUCACCUUUGCUCACAUCUAAGGGGCUCCAUGCAUACCAGCCUCUACAUGCACAUUCUGAGUGUGGCAUUGACCUCAAGGGAAAUUUCUCUUUCUGGAAGUGUUCUAGUGCAUUUCAUAGCAGUGCUAUGCAGUGCUGUUUCUGAGGUUACUUUUCUCAUUCCAUCCCAUAAUGCCUUUGUAACUACACAAAGAGUGGAUGCAACAUUGGUAGAAAACCAGAACACCAUUUUCUACCUUCCUUUACCUCACUGCAAUCACAAGGCAGAAAAGUGUGUUUCCAACCAGAGAGGAGCAUAUCAGUAGCAGUUGGUGUCCCUACCAUGAACAAAAAAACCUGCUGGUCACCUCCAGUGAGGGGCAUGCACAGGCUGAGAGUGCAUCCCAUACACUGCAAAGGCAAAAAGGAGCAUACCUCUUGGAGUUUAUGAGCAAAAACCUUUUUAUGUCUGUUCAGAGUUCAUCCAACAGCUUUGAUAAAGUGCAGAUCAAAUAGCACUUAUAAAAUAGUGUGUCUUCAAUGAAAUAAUUAAUUUUACCCAAAUUGUGGAAGUCCUUGUUAUGCAAUUCAAUGGCUUAAAUUCUUGCCUUGAUCUUUCAAAUGUUGAUACUGGAAACAACAUAGGUAAACUGAUGGAGUGGCACUGAGGACGAAAUCAUUGUCCAUUCAAGAGUAUUUGGUUAGCAGAACAUGUGAGCCUUCUCUGUGCUGGUGAUUGAAAGUGUAACAGUGCCCAUUUUUCCCUCAGACUUGUCAAAAUUCACUUCCAUCUGAAAAUACUGCUGCAUUUUUUAUCCCUGCUUCUUUCAUGGUCCUAUGUUACGUCUUCCAUUUCACCCUCAACUACUGCAGGCUUCUAUGUAGCAGCUGACUCAGAAUAGGAGUGUCGAUAGCAUAUACUGUGGGUAGAUAUAUUUGUAUGUACACACAUGAACAAAAUAUAGAGUAUAUAUUUACUCUAUAUAUGUAUACACUGCUAUGUAUACCGUAAUAUACGCUAUAUUCUGUUCAUACUAAAAAACCUCAAAUAGAUAUGUUAUGUUUAUAUACCAGAUAUUUAUAGGUCUGUAUAGCUGUGUAAUGUAACUUGUUCCUUUUAUGUAUUCUAAUAUGAGAGACUUCUAUCUAUGGACAGUAUCCCAGCAUCCUCCUUGUCGUGCGCUUGGAGUUACGAUCAUGGGCACAUCCAAGAUGAAUUCAACUUUCAAGAAACCUUGGAUAUUGUUAAAUCACCUGUGAAGGAACAAAGAAUGUGCUUGAUUACGUCGGUUGAAUAGCUUUAUUUCGGAUCUCUCUUAACGAAAGCUAAAUCCAAAGACCUGUGAAGAAUUCAACCAGCAAACUACUCUCAAUCCUGCAUAAGGGAAUAAGGUCCGCCUCUUCCAAAACAAGACAUGGUAUUGACAUGGUAUUGGAAAGAGUGUGCUAGCUUUGGAAAACAAAACAAAACAAUGCUUUUCUUGCUUGUCAUGAUACCUGUGGAUUUUUAAGACAUGGGGAAAGCUUAUACUUGGCCUCCUUUGAAGUUAUUAAGGGGAUUUUUUUUUUCUUUUUCUUUAAAUGGAAAGCUUAAGAUGGUUUUAUUUUUUCCUGACAGUUGUAGCUUUUAAGCUAAUGUAUUAUCUAUCAAUGUUGUAAUUUAAUUAAUUAAGUCUUAGAGUAGGUAGAAAUAUCUGUUCAGUCCAAAUCCUACCUAUUUUCAGUUUAUCUUUAAAGUUCAGUGGGAGUUUUGCCUGAAAACAGGAUCAGGGUCAGGUGUUAGCUGUUUGUGAGUACUUAAUUCAGUGAUUUGUGAAUUUGGGUUGAUUUUCCUUAUUUAUUCAUUUUACUGUUGUAGUGCAUCGGAGAUGCCAGCCUGUGUUAGUAGAUACGCUUAAAAGUUAGCUUAGCUUCUUUAAGCAGCCAAGUUCUGUUACAGGCAGGAGGAAAAUUACGAGUUACAUAAAACAUGAGCCUAAUUUUAGAUUCUUCCUUUAAUUGAUUUUAAUAGUCAAAUAUAAAAAUUUAAAUUAUUUAAGUUAAUCUCUUCUCAUCUGAUUAGAAAGUGUGAUGUACCUUUAUUAUGGCACACAAAGUCUUCAUAAUAUAAUUUAUUUAUUUAACUUAUUCAUCAUCAUCCCAGGAUGCCCUUGUAGAGUUUUGUUUUUUGGGUUUUUUUUUUCUUUCUUUUUUUUUUUUUAAUUACUUUUAAAGCACUACAGAUAAUUUCCUGUCCAAAAACAGAGCAAAUUUUGAGGACAAGCAAUGAAUAUUCAACCUAAAACCGUGCAUUCAGAAACAACAGGAAAAAGAGACACUGAGAUACUUUGCCUGAACUUUGUGGCUUCUUUAAACUUAAGCUGGGGGAAAAAUAAUACAUGCCAAGCAAAAAGAGAGAAACCCUUAACCUAGCUGCUUCCAAGAAUGAACUUCUGUGUGUGUAAAAAAGAGAAAAAAGAAAAAAAAAGGAAAAAAAGAAAAAAAGAAAAAACCUUUCUAUUUCUAGUGAGAACCAAAGAGGCUACCUCACUGACUUUUUCCAUUUGUAAUUUUAAUCGUGUUGAUGAUACCAAAGAUACCAAAGAUUUCUUUCUCUGUGCGGUCUGCAUUUUGCUUGUGCUCUUUUAUAGUUUUAACUUUUUCUCUCCUACUUACAGUAAUGUACAGCUGCAACUUAGAUACCCCAAAGAAAUACUUCUGGUGGAAGCUGCUAAUUCUGAAGACAGCAUUUUCUUUGUUUUCCUUAUGCCCUUCUGACAGGCAAAAAAGUCCAAGACCAUCACCCCCUGCACCCCACCAGAGCCCAGUGGCUGGAGCACUUGUGUUGAGCCAGGGGUGGGUCUGGGUGGCAUUUCCAGCCCAGCCCUUGGUGAAAGGCUGCAGGCUGCUGCGUGGAUAAAGGGGUGGGAUUCCUCUACUGAGUUCCAGACAGAGAAAAUAAGCAUCAAGUCCCGUGCUCCAACAAAGCCUGGGCACAGGGAAGAAAAGGUCUUGUCAGUCUUUGACAGUCUGUAGUUUUCAGCAGCAGGCAAGGGGCACAAUGAGGGAAAGGGUUCAUGCAGCUGUGGUGGGGCAGAGCCCAUCACCCUGUGUCACCCCAUGUCACCCUGUGUCACCUUGUGUCACCCCAUGUAUCCCCAUGUCAGCCCCUGUCCCCUCAUAUCACACCAUAUUGGGAUCUAUCAUGGAGAUGGAGGGUGAACCUCGUGAGCCCUCUUUUCUUGACAUGUUUCUUGUGUGUCCAUACUCCCUCUUGAGAGCUGACUGAGUUAACCAAGCUUGUAAAGAAAUGCUUAAAUUCUUUUAAAGUCAUUAAGUAUUUGCUGAAGUCUUUUGCUGGAUCAGGUUGUACAAGGAGUGUGGUAUCACCCCACUUUAUGCCUUGCAUCCGCUCUUCUAGCGAGCAUUGUGUAUGUCCUUCACUCGACCUGGAACACAUUUUUGCCACGCUUAAACCAUUGUUUUUUACAUAAUGCAGUGUGGCUCUUUGCCAGACUGAACCAGUAUUUCAAAGAAACUAACACAUAAAUGCAGCAUAAAUGAAAAUCCCAUUUUCAACAGGACAAAUUGAUUUCUCCACUUUUCAAGAAGCUAUCAAGACGAUAUGUCUCCGUUCACCACAUGGUGCCCUCAUGUCACCCCGUGUCACCCCACAUCACCCCAUGUCAUCCUGUGUCACUCUGCCUGGCCACUGGGGGAAUGACGCCUGCCAGGUAUGGACCACUCUGAUUCCACUCCAGGGCAGCUGCACCCCAGGCUCAGCAUUGGGCUUUUAGGUCCCUGCAGGCAAGGGACGUGGCAGCGGCUGCUCAAUCCUGAUAUUUCUUUGUUGUUGUUACAAUUUCCAUAUGAAAAUCAAGUAAUUAUUUUUCUCAAGUCAGCCACGAAACAAGUCUCAUGAAGCUCUAUCCGUAUCCUGUUCCUAGAUGAUUACUUACAAUUGGCUGCUUGAGGAAUGAAUGUUGCCCAUUCCUUUUUGUUCCUUGUAUCCUGUUCAUGGGGUUGCAAGCAGCGCCCUGGGGAGCCAGGCCCACCUCAUGCAGCCCCCGCCACUUCCUGCUGCUAGCAGUGCCCACAUCCCACUGAGAGCCAGAGGAAGGGCUGCAGAUGGGGUGGGGAGUGGAACCCCUUGCCCAGCUCUCAGACUGGGCCCUGCUCUGAGGUGCGAGCAUGCCACAUUAGGCUGCAGUGGGCGGCACUAGGCUGCACUAGACCGCACUAGGCCAUGCUAGGCCACAGUAGGCUGCAGUAGGCCACACUAGGUUACACCAGGCUGCACUAGGCUGCAGUGGGUUGCAGUAGGCCACACUAGGCCGUUCUAGGCCGCAGGGGAUCUGGCCUCCCACUGUGGAUCCACAGCAACAAGGUGCCAAUGGCUCAACACAAGCUCCACUUUCAUUAAAUGUUGACUUUUAUUUUGUAUUUCAAGACCUUCAAGUCUAUGGGAAAAUAGAGGGACUUGUCAAGUGUGCUUUUUAUAUCUCUGUGUAUUCCUUCAGUAGAAAGUUAUAACAGUUCUCAGGAUGCCUUCCCAGCGCAGAGGAGCCACUGGUCCCGUGUGAGGUGACCCCUCCACGCAGUGCCCUCUUGCCAUGCCCUGUACAGAAGGGUUGGGGAUCGGAUGGACAUAGAAGAUGCUCAGAGUUGGCAGGUUCCUCUUAACAGUAACUGCUUUUCUUACCAGACACAUGCUUUACUUGGAAAGUGUAACAUUACCACGGGACGAGUGCCUUGCUUGAACCAAAGCAACGAUUUUGCCAGUCUAGACCUCUCUGUGCUUUUUUUUUUUAUUCUUCCUGUGAAUACCUCAGCUUCAACUGGGCCGCCAUAUUGUACCUGGUGGGCUUAUUGUACUGUGGUGCUUUGCAAUGCAACUCUGCAAAGAACAACUUGUGAUAAUACCAAAGGCUCUCCUCUCCUCUCCUCUCCUCUCCUCUCCUCUCCUCUCC